GCACUUUGCCGUUUUGUACAGAACCAAAGACAAGGACACAUCCAGUUGUAAAGAUGGACUGGUUCCACUGUAACCACUGCUUCAGAAGGGGAGGGUCAAAGUUUGCUGUGUCCAGCUGUGGCCACAUCUGCUGUGAAGUGUGCAUCAAGUCAAAGCAUUGCAGCAUAUGUGGGGCGAGCUGUAACUAUCUGCCCAUCACAGAUGAGAUGAAACAACAAGAAAAGGUGUUUUUCAAGGAUCCGGUGAAGCUCAUUCAGUGUAGCGUCGAGCACAUCUCACAGAUUGCACUUUUUCAGAGGAUGCAGAAGGAGAAAGUUAUAGCACACUUCACACGUAAAUCUGCUGAACUGGAAAGGCAUCUUAAGGAAGUCAAAGAGCAGAGCUACAGGCAACUGACGGAGCUAAAAAGAGAGAACAGCGAAUUAAAAAAGCAAGUUUUAGAGUUGAAAAGAGAGAACGCUGAAUUGAAGAAACCACUUUCUCAGAGGAGGGUGUCACCAGGACAGUUUCAGAUAGAUGGGAUAUCACGUCCUGUGGCCGUCACUUCCCCAGUUACCCCUCGUUCAAGGAAUAUGAGUAUCAGUCACAUGGGGUCAGCUGAGUCCCACGGGUGGGUCCGAGAAAGAGGUCGCAGUCUCUCUUCGCUCACUACUCCUGGAUCAACUACCUCCACUGCUAGUCACAGUUCUCUUCAUGAACACAGAACACCGACAUCCUUUAACACUCCUACAUGCAUACUGCGUCAGACCCCUAAUGUCUUCCAGUUCCAGUUGAAUGGAUUGCCACUACAAUCACCCAGACAUUUAUGAAGUGACCACAUACCUGAGGAUCCUCUUGUUACAGUUUAGGGGUUAGUAGGAGGAAGGAACACAUCUUUGGGAGAUAUAUAUACAUAUAUAUAUAUAUACAUAUGUAUGUUUUGGGGGGCAGAAGCAGUUAGUAUAAAUGUUUGAAUAUCUUGCAGAAUGUAUUGAGUAAUUUAGUUUUGUCUAUGUUGUAAUGUUUUGAGGAAUUAAAACUGUUAAUGAAGUUUGUAUAAUUUGUAGUUCUUAAUUACACCAACAA